AUGUCCGGACCCGCCACCCCUCUUGCACCGCAUUCCGCGCGUGCCUCACAACCGCCCACUGGCGCCGCAACUCCAGCCCAAACAAUGCACCCUUCCCUGCCGUCCGUACCAGCCAUGCCUCCUCCAGCAGACUUCGACUUCCUCCCAGACCUACACAGGCUGCUCACACGUCUGACCGCCCCGCCCUCCCUUCCCGCCGCUACGCCUAGCCAGCAGACCAGCGACAGAGACGGACCUAUUGAGAUCCAGCAGCUCACCGCCGAAGCGAACGCCAUCAGGCGCAAGAUACUGCUCGCCCGCGACAAGGUCAUGCCGCUGCCCGACAUGGACCGCACCAUUGAGGAUCAGGAGGAGGAGAUCCAAUACCUGGAGGCGCGCAUCGCCCGGUUGAAGAGCGCUCUUCAAGCGCUGGGGCACGCACAUGCGGAAGAUACGAGUAUGACGGGGUGA